AAAUAUUUGGACCGCAAGAACCGGAAGUCGGUGGUAAGCUUCCGGCCAUCGAGAUGAAAGGGAUGCAACAAAGUGAACUCGUUGAUGAGCACUUUAUAAUGUUAAUGUGAUUCGUCUUGUGUAACAGGGGAAACUGUCCAGUAUAUGUUAUCCCACUGUCUCAAGGAGGAUGGAUGAGGACAAAAGUCACAUGACUCAGAAGAUAUUAAGCCUCACCCUGGAGAUCAUCUACCUGCUGACUGGGGAGGAUUAUACAGUGGUGAAGAAGACAUCUAAGGAGUUUGAGACACUCGGGAACCAUCCACUUAUCUCAGGAGAGUUGAGCAGGACACGGAGCCCCAUCACGGUGCCUUCACCUCACUCACUGAUAAAUGAGAGGCACAAUGACCAGAAGAUCCUGGAACUCACCAACAAGAUCAUUCAGCUGCUGACUGGAGAGGUUCCUAUAAAGUGUGAGGAUGUUACUGUCUAUUUCUCCAUGGAGGAGUGGGAGUGUUUUGAAGGAGGAAAAGGUCUUUACAAGGACGUGAUGAUGAAGAAUCAUGAUUAUCAGACUCUCACAUCAGUGGAUGGAGCCAGUAACAGGAAUACCCCAGAGAGAUGUCCCCGUCCUCUUUAUUCUCCGGAUCAUUCAGAGGAGAAUCACAGUGUCCCACAGGAGGAUCAGGGUGGAGACGUAACUGGUAUUACAUUAGUAGAUAUGAGGAGAGAGGAAGAGACAUACAGGAGGGGUGAUCAGCAGUGUAAGGAGGAGGAAAUCCCUACAGGUAUCAGCACAGAUGGGGCCAGUAACAGGAAUACCCCAGAGAGAUGUCCCCGUCCUCUUUAUUCCCAGGACUGUGCAGAGGAGAAUCACAGUGUCCCACAGGAGGGUCAGGGUGGAGACCUGAAUUAUACUACAGAUACAGGCCAUGAAAAAGGGACAUAUGUGUGGGGUGAUCAGCCGUGUAAGGAGGAGGAAAUCCCUACAGAUAUCGGCACAGAUAGACGUAACAGCAGUAAUUACGCGGGAGGAAGUCUAGUUUCAUCUACAGAUUGUAAAGUGGAAGAUACGGACAUCACACAGGAUUCUCCAGUAAUAAACCCCAUUACCCAAGUUAUACAUCCAGUACAUUACAGUGCAGAUACAUCAUCUGAUCCCUUUAUUAAUGAGGAAGGUUCUCCUGGUAAAUCAGAUAUUAUUGACCAGUAUGCAGAUUACACUGGUGGUAGACUAUUCCCAUGUUCUGAGUGUGGGAAAUGUUUUGUCUAUAAGUCCAUGCUUGUAGAACAUGAGAGAGUCCACACCGGUGAGAGGCCGUUUCAGUGUUCCGAGUGCGGGAAGUGUUUUGCCCGGAAAUGCAAACUCGUCAGGCAUCAGAAAGUCCACUCCGGGGAGAAGCCGUUCCAGUGCUCGGAGUGCGGGAAGUGUUUCUCACAGAAGACCAAACUCGUAAGACAUCUGCAAGUCCACACGGGCGAGAAGCCGUUUUCUUGCUCCGAGUGCGGGAGAGGUUUUACAUGCAAAUCAAAUCUCAUCCAGCACCAGAGAAUCCAUACGGGCGAGAAGCCGUUUCCAUGCAAUGAGUGUGGGAAGUAUUUCAGGCAGAAAUCGGAACUAGCCGCCCACCAGAAGGUGCACACGGGCGAGAGGCCCUUCCCAUGUCCCGAGUGUGGGAAAUGCUUUUCUUACAAGUCCAAUCUCAUCCAGCACGAGAGAGUCCACACCGGGGAGAAGCCGUUUUCCUGCGCCGAGUGUGGGAAGUGUUUUUCCCAGAAGUCAAAAAUUGUCAGCCACCAGAAAGUCCACACCGGCGAGCGGCCAUUUUCCUGUAAUGAAUGUGGGAAAUGUUUUGCGCUGAAAGGAAACCUCAGCAGGCACCGAAAGGUCCACACGGCGGAGAAACUUUUUCCGUGCUCCGAAUGCGGCAAGCGUUUUGUUUCCAAAUCGCAUCUCAUUCGGCAUCAGAGCGUUCACACCGGCGAGCGGCCAUUUAAGUGCUCCGAUUGCGGCAAAUGUUUCCCGCGCAGAUCGAACCUUGUUAACCACCAGAGGAUCCACACCAGUGAGAAGGCGUUCCCCUGCUCCGAAUGUGGGAAAUGUUUUACUUGCAAGUCGAACCUCAUUCAGCAUUAUAAGGUUCACACUGGGGAGAAACCUUUUUCAUGCCCCGAGUGUGGCAAAUGCUUCAGGCAGAAGAUAGAGCUGGCUGUCCACCAGCGCAUUCACACCGGCGUCAAGCCGUUUCCCUGCUCCGAUUGCGGCAAGUAUUUUACAUGCAAAACCAAUCUCAUCCAACACCAGAGCGUGCACACGGGCGAGAAGCCAUUUUUAUGUUCUGAAUGUGGGAAAUUUUUUGCCCAUCAUGAAACACUUGCGGCACAUAAGAGAACUCACACAGGUGAGAGGCCAUUUCCGUGUUCCGAGUGCGGCAAAUGUUUUACAAAGAAAUCAAAUCUUGUUGUUCAUCAGCGAACUCACACAGGUGAGAAGCCAUUCUCAUGUUCUGAAUGUGGGAAAUGUUUUAAACAUCCGGGAACACUUGCAGAGCAUAUGGGAACUCACACAGGUGAGAAGCCAUUUUCAUGUUCUGAAUGUGGGAAAUGUUUUACACAACAUUCAACACUGGCGUUACAUCAGAGAACUCACACUGGUGGGACGCCAUUUCCAUGUCCUGAGUGUGGCAAAUGUUUUACAAAAAAAUCAAAAGUUGCCAUACACCAGAGAGUGCAUACAGGUGAGAAGCCAUUUUUAUGUACUGAUUGUGGGAAAUGUUUUACACGCCAUUCAACACUUGCAGCACAUAAGCGAACUCACACAGGUGAGAAGCCAUUUUCAUGUUCUGAAUGUGGGAAAUGUUUUACACAGCAUGCAACACUUUUGGGACAUAUGAGAACUCACACAGGUGAGAAGCCAUUUUCAUGUCCUGAAUGUGGGAAAUGUUAUACACAGUAUUCAACACUUGCGGCACAUCAGAGAACUCACACAGGUGAGAGGCCAUUUCAAUGUCCUGAGUGUGGCAAAUGUUUUUCAAAACAAUCAAAAGUUACCAGACACCGGAGAGUGCACACAGGUGAGAGACCAUUCCCAUGUUCUGAGUGUGGGAAAUGUUUUACACGCCAUUCAACUCUUGCGGCACAUAAAAGUAUUCACACAGGUGAGAAGCCAUUUUCAUGUUCUAAAUGUAGGAAAUGUUUUGCACAGCAGGGAGCACUUGAUGAACAUCAGAGAACUCACAUGGUUGAGAAGCAGUUUCCUUGUCCUGAGUGUGGGAAAUGUUUUACACAGAAAUCAAAAGUUGCCAGACACCAGAAAAAUCACACAGGUGAGAGACCAUUCCCUUGUUCUGAGUGUGGGAAAUGUUUUAUUUUUAAGGAAGAUCUUGUUAAACAUCAGAGAACUCACACAAGAGAAAAAUCAAUUUCCAUGAACUGAUUGAAAGAUAAUAAAUGGUUCCAAUAUUUGUUGGAGAGUUGGCUAUCUACAUGGUGUCUUGUUUGCAUGUCUAUUUGAGCUGCCCCAAACUUGAGCUAUUUUGGGAACAAAUUUUCUCCCUGGUAUUUCAAAUUCUCAGCCUACAGAUCUUCCAUGACCCAAAGCAAAUCCUCCUUCCUCUUCCUAUACCAA